AUGCCUGCCUCGCGUCGUGAAGUGACAGUCGCCAUUCGUACCCGGACGCAAGAUGAGGAAGACCUCCCGCAUGCAACAAAGAAGACGAUGGCUGACCACUUGAGAAAAUACGAGAGUUGGUUCACACUCACACCGCAGAGGAUGCGGAUGAUUAACAAGCCCAACCAGAUUGUACCUAUGAUUCCGACGCACGUGUUUGGAUGGCCAACAGGUCAGGAGAAAGGAGAUUUCCUUGCUCUUGAUCUUGGUGGAACAAAUUUGCGUGUUUGUCUUGUGACCCUUCAGGGAGAAGGAAAAUUCGAGAUUUCCCAAACCAAAUAUUGUUUGACUGAGGAGAAAAAACAAGAUGAUGGGCAGAAAUUGUUCGAUUUCUGUGCUGAAUGCUUACGUACCUUUGUUGACACCAACACGGGCGAGGACGCGGGCCAACUGAAGCCUGGUCAAUCCCUACCUCUUGGCUUUACCUUCUCCUACCCUUGCUCGCAGGAACGCAUCGAUCACGGCGAGCUCAUCCGCUGGACCAAGGGUUUCGGAGCUGGAAAUACGGAGGGUAGGGAUGUUGCCGAGAUGUUCAAGAAGUCCCUUGAGAAAUACCAAUUGCCCGUCAAAUUGACCGCUCUCAUCAACGAUACAACUAGAACAUUGAUAGCAUCACGCUAUGUAAAUCCUAAGACGAAGAUCGCGGUUAUCUUCGGAACUGGUUGUAACGCGGCUUACAUGGAAAACGUCAAAAAUAUCACCAAAAUAGAGCAUUUGGGUAUUGAUUCUGGAGCUGAGAUGGUGAUUAAUUGCGAAUGGGGUGCCUUUGAUUCAUUCGAACACGAGCAUCUGCCUCGCACGAAAUACGACACGAUCAAACUGAUUUCUGGCCGAUACUUGGGCGAGAUUUUGCGACUAGUUCUUUGCGAGCUCAUCGACGAAUGUAAACUAUACUGCUUCGACACAGCAUUCUUGUCUCUCGUGGAGAGUGACGAACGGACGAACCUUCUCAAUGUGAUCGGAAUCUUCACACGCUUCUUCGCCCUCGAGAUGACGCUCGCGGAACGGCAGUUCUUCCGGGCUCUUGCCAAACUCAUUGGAAGACGUGCUGCUCGUUUAAGCGCUUGUUGUAUUGCCGCAAUCGUCAGCAAGAUGGGUUAUCUCGAGGAGGGCUGUUCGGUUGGGGCGGAUGGCUCCUUGUACAGGCUUCUCGACAGUCUCGUUCGUCGAAAAGCGGAUGGAAUGCAUUCGUUGAUUAGGUCAGGUUGGACCGAUAACCUAUUCAUACGACAUUCUUGUCUCCACCAUGCCCAAUGGUCGGACGCGAGUGGUUGA